AUGCAGUCAACUGAGACAAAAGAUCGCAAUAAGAGUAAACGUACUACCAACGCUUGUAUUGAGUGCCGAAAUUCGAAAAAAAAGUGUGAUGACAAAAAACCUUGUACUCGCUGUACAAAGAAGGACUUAAUUUGCGAGACCGCUGACAUGUGUAAGAAUUGCAGAUAUAGGAGAUAUGUAGUUAGAGGCAUGUUAUAUUGUGAAUACUGCUCUGAAAAACUUGGCUAUAAUCUGGAAACGACACAAGUCAAUGCAAAUAACUAUGAUACUGUUUCUGUUUCCGAACCAGCUACACCUCCUUACGAGUAUGACUAUUUUAUAACUACAAACUAUUACAUCGUGGAACCAAUUCAACUUGUCGAUGUGUCUUUAGAAGAAUAUAAUAAUACAAUGAAUUCUCAAUAUGUUGAUGUACCUUUAGAGGAAUAUGAUAAUACAAUGGAUUCACAAUAUCAGAUUUUUAUAGCUCUGUAA